AUGAGGGACAGUUCGAACACCGCGUCCGUCGACCGGUCAAUGUCUGCUGCCAGCAGUCAUGAAAUCCACACCGUCGACCACGAGAAGCGUUCAAUUCAUGAGAAUGGAGAUAUCGAAAAGGGACCCACACUUGGUGCCGGUAUAGAGAAAGAAGAGACUCGCGAUCCGAACAUUGUCGAUUGGGAUGGCCCCGAUGACCCUGAGAAUCCUCUUAACUGGACGACGAAAAAAAAGAUCACUGCGACGAUUUCGAUUGCUUUGAUUACUCUUCUCACACCUCUUGGCUCGUCCAUGUUCGCCCCCGGUGUUAGACAGCUAGUCACCGAUUUCAAAAUCACCAGCAUCGAACUUUCCUCUUUCGUCGUUUCCGUAUACCUGCUCGGAUACUGCUUUGGUCCCCUGCUUAUAGCGCCCCUUUCCGAGAUCUACGGCCGUCGCAUUAUGUAUAAUGCUUGCAAUAUUUUAUAUGUGAUUUGGACUAUCGCUUGUGCCCUGGCUCCAGAAAUCGGUAGCUUGACUGUCUUUCGGUUCUUCGCUGGUUGUGCGGGAAGUUGUCCUUUGACUAUCGGGGCUGGUUCAAUUGCAGAUAUGUUUGUCCAGGAGAGGCGAGGAAGUGCCAUGGCAGCGUGGGCCAUUGGGCCUCUCAUUGGCCCCGUUAUUGGUCCUGUCGCGGGUGGAUAUCUCGCCCAAGCAAAAGGUUGGAGAUGGACCUUCUGGGUCUUGUCCAUGGCCAGUGCUGCCGUGGCCAUCAGCUCACUAUUCACGAUUCGCGAAUCCUACGCGCCUACCAUUCUGGCCCGCAAAACGAAGAAGCUGCAAAAAGAAACCGGAAACAUGAACCUACGCUCUGCUCUCGACACCGGCCGAACACCCAAGGAUCUUUUCAUGUUCUCAAUUGUUCGACCGACCAAGAUGCUUUUCUUUUCGCCAAUCGUCUUCCUCCUUUCUCUCUACGUCGGUGUCAUCUACGGUUAUCUCUACCUCUUGUUCACUACCAUCAGCGGUGUCUUCGAGGGCCAGUAUGGCUUCUCACAAGGGUCCGUCGGGCUUUCAUACCUCGGGAUCGGAGUUGGAUCCCUCCUUGGACUCGUUGUCCUGGGUCUAACAUCGGACCGCAUACUGAAACACCUCUCUGAGAAGAACGGUGUCAAAAAGCCUGAAUAUCGACUGCCGGCCAUGAUCCCCGGCUCUUUCUUCAUUCCCGCAUCUCUGUUCAUGUACGGUUGGAGUGCAUACUAUAAGGUUCACUGGAUCGUCCCGAUCAUCGGUACAUCAUUCUUAGGAAUCGGGAUGCUGAUCUCUUUCAUGACGGUCAGCACUUACCUCGUUGACGCAUUCACCAUCUACGCCGCCUCUGCCAUGGCCGCGAAUACCGUCUUUCGAUCACUAGCAGGUGCUAUACUCCCACUUGCUGGCCCCAAGAUGUACGACACCCUUGGGCUAGGCUGGGGUAACUCCCUUCUUGGCUUCAUCGCUCUGGCUCUGUGCCCGCUGCCUAUCAUUUUCUAUGUGUAUGGUGAGCGCAUCCGGACCGACAAACGAUUUCAGCUCAAGCUCUAG